AUGUCCCCUACAUUUCUUGUCGCCGGCGCCACGGGCAACACCGGACGAGCCGUCGUCACAACCUUGUCGGAAUUUCUCAAAGACAACAAGACAUUUUCAGGCUAUAAAAUUCUUGCUCUUACGCGUUCAUCCAGUGGAGCUGCUGCUCAACAACUAGCUCGCCUGCCAAACGUCGAGGUCAUUGAGCAGAACUGGGUCGAGAUCACCGCCGAAUGGCUCCGAGAACGCCACGUCGUCAGAGCUUUCAUCGCCUCACACAACGAACCCAAUCACUUUGCCGAAGAGUCCACAUUCCACCUCGCUGCUCUCCACGCAGGCGUUCAAUAUGUCGUGCGUAUCUCAACGACCGCUGCGAAUGUCCGUCCUGAUUGCCCUGCCUACUAUCCCAGGACGCAUUGGGCAAUCGAGACCUUGCUGAGCUCACCCGAAUUUGAGAAGCUCAAAUGGACUUCAUUGCAGCCCAACGUGUUUACGCAAUUUUGGCUUGGUCCUGCUGUCGGUUUAAUCAAGACAUUCCGCGAGACCGGGAAGCAAGAGCCGUUGAGGCUUAUGGCUUCAGAGGAUGCAGCCGUUGGGCCCAUCGAUUCCAACGAAGUCGGAGUCUUUGCAGCUCGCCUUCUUGCUACAGAAGACAUCAAUUCGCAUAACAAGGCUAAAUAUGUCCUGAAUGGGCCUGAGGACAUCACUGGCCGUGAAAUCGUCGAUCUUGUAGAGGAGUACAUCGGCACCAAAGUUGAGCAUGUUCUCUUCAAGGACAUGUCUUUCAUUGACCAUAUGGCAGCCCAGACACAGCAAUCGAAGAAUGUUAUCCUGUCGAUUAAGCAUGCGGCAGAAACUGCAUGGCAGGGGAAAUGCGGGGUUGACACGACAAGUAAGGAGUUCCUCGAGAUUGCUGCGCCCAAGAAUACACCUGCGGAGAUCGUCAAGAUUUUGGUUGGGGAUGAAUAA